GCACUCACUAGCCUCUUGCCUACGAAACAGUUCCCCCUAGAAAAAGUCCAUAAAGUGAAGCAUUACAUGCUGCAUUUAAAGACCCUACCUUCAAACCUAAACCUCUCACUUCUCUCCGUUCUAUUCUUAAUACACCAAGUACCCAAAUAGCAUCACAAACACCUUUUUUUUCCCUUCAACUUGUUCAAUUCUAAAAUGGUUAUUAUAGCACGCCUUAUGUUUCUGUUUGCAUUGUUCCAAAUGGUAUUUGCAAAAGGGCACGAUAAUGUAAGAGAGGCAUGCAGCGUGACAAGGUACCAAAAGCUUUGUGUUCACUCGCUAGCACAUUUCUCCAACACUGCUGGAAGAAGCCCCAGCAAGUGGGCACGUGCGGGAGUGUCCGUGUCAAUAGGCGAGGUCAAGAAAGUUAAAGCAUAUCUAGCAGAAUUGAAGAGGCAAGGGCACAUGAAAGGAAGAAACAGGGUUGCACUUUCAGAUUGUGUUGAAACCUUUGGCUAUGCCCUUGACGAGCUUCACCAAUCCCUUGGUGUGCUUAGAAGCCUGAGCAGAAGCACGUUUAGUACCCAAAUGGGGGACCUCAACACAUGGAUCAGUGCUGCACUCACUGAUGAAGAUACUUGCCUCGACGGCUUUCAAGGCAAAAAUCAUGAGAAGCAAAUUAAAGUGCUACUCAACCGGGUUCAGAACGUGUCUUGCAUCACCAGUAACGCUCUAGCGCUUGUAAACAAACUUGCCACUACGGGUCUUGGAAGCAUCAACAAUCCAUAGAAGUUCAGAAAUGGGUAGGAGUGUUCGGCCACCACCCUAUCGGCCGCCGAAUGGCAUGACCAGUUAGCCGAACGUCAAUCGGCCACCUGGAUCGGCCUAUCAUCACUUGGUAUGCUUAAUCAGAGAUUAGGGGUUAAUUAGCCGAUUAAAGUGUAUUACCUAAUACGGUAAUUAUGUUGCAAGGCCCAUGGGGUCCAGGGCCUAUAAAUGUCAGUAUAAAUAGCUCAGGUCAAAAGGUAACGUCACUGUUCAUUUAAUUAUCCUAGAUAUCUGUGCUUGACCUGACUUGAGCGUUGGAGUGCCUUUUGCAGGUACCAACCCCUCUACUCACAUCGGAUCGGAGCACUCGUUCGGCCUUCAUAUUGCGAAAAGAUCAUUAGUGUAACCUCUUUGUAG